AUGGACCGAGGCGGUGGGCUGGAGCCCCAGGCGGGAGAGCCACAGGAAGCGCGCGCCAGGGUAGGAGCUGUCCAAGAGAAGAGCGAACCCGAAUCCUUCAGGUCCCAGAGUUUACCCGCCCUGAACAGCGCCUCCUGCCCGCCAGAUCUGAGUCCCGCGAGCGAAGAAGGCUCUGAGCCCGCCCCCAGCCAUCAGGAGUUGAAGUCAGACCCCUACCCGCCGGCCCCCAGCCCCUCCGCGCCGUCUACUUCGGCAGAGACGGCAGGACUGGCGGAACGUCGCCACCGGGUGGAAAUCGCCAAAACCAUGUCGGUGUCCUCCACUCUGGCCAUGCUCCAGGGCAGGAGGUGCCUCUACGUGGUCCUCACCGAUUCCCGUUGCUUCCUGGUUUGCAUGUGCUUUCUAACCUUCAUCCAGGCGUUGAUGGUCUCCGGGUACCUGAGCAGCGUCAUCACCACCAUCGAAAGGCGCUACAGUCUGAAGAGCUCCGAGUCGGGGCUGCUGGUCAGUUGCUUUGACAUUGGGAGCCUGGUGGUGGUGGUGUUCGUCAGCUACUUCGGCGGCCGCGGACGGCGGCCCCUGUGGCUGGCCGUGGGGGGUCUCCUCAUCGCGGUGGGGGCUGCCCUCUUCGCCUUACCUCACUUCGUCUCGCCGCCCUACCAGAUCCAAGAGUUGAACGCCUCCGCCUCCAACUACGGCCUGUGUCAAAACGGCAACUCCUCGAUCAAGGUGGAGCCCCCCACCUGCCUGAAGGACUCGGGUGGCAACGACCACUGGGUCUACGUGGCUUUAUUCGUGUGCGCACAGAUUCUCAUUGGAAUGGGCUCCACACCUAUUUAUACCCUGGGACCAACCUACUUAGAUGACAAUGUCAAGAAAGAAAACGCAUCGUUGUACUUAGCCAUCAUGUAUGUCAUGGGAGCACUCGGUCCUGCAGUGGGAUAUUUACUAGGUGGACUUCUUAUUGGUUUUUAUGUUGAUCCCAGAAAUCCUGUUCACCUUAACCAGGAUGAUCCUCGUUUCAUUGGAAACUGGUGGAGUGGAUUCCUCCUUUGUGCCAUUGCAAUGUUUCUUGUGAUAUUCCCAAUGUUUACUUUUCCAAAAAAGCUUCCGCCUCGACACAAGAAAAAGAGAAAGAAAAAAUAUUCCACGGAUGCUUCUGGUGAUGAUGACGUUAUGAAGGAGAAACCAGACAGUUGUGAACAAGUGGACAAAAAAGUUUCUUCUAUAGGAUUUGGGAAGGAUGUCAGAGACCUACCAAGAGCAGCUGUCAGGAUCUUAAGCAACAUGACAUUCCUUUUUGUGAGUUUGUCAUACACAGCUGAGAGUGCCAUUGUAACUGCUUUCAUUACCUUCAUCCCCAAGUUCAUCGAGUCACAGUUUGGUAUUCCAGCUUCCAAUGCCAGCAUCUACACUGGCGUCAUCAUUGUCCCUAGUGCCGGUGUUGGCAUUGUCCUGGGAGGCUACAUUAUAAAAAAAUUGAAGCUUGGUGCAAGAGAAUCUGCAAAACUAGCAAUGAUCUGCAGUGGUGUGUCUUUACUGUGCUUUUCAACCCUGUUUAUUGUUGGAUGUGAAAGUAUCAAUCUAGGGGGCAUAAACAUCCCCUACACGACAGGGCCCUCUCUGACCAUGCCGCAUAGGAAUCUGACAGGAAGCUGCAAUGUUAAUUGUGGCUGUAAAACACAUGAAUAUGAGCCAGUCUGUGGAUCGGAUGGAAUUACAUACUUUAACCCUUGUCUGGCUGGCUGUGUUAAUAGUGGGAAUGUGAGCACCGGGAUGCGGAACUACACAGAAUGCACCUGUGUCCAGAGCCGCCAGGUGAUCACGCCACCCACAGUGGGACAGCGCAGCCAGCUCCGCGUGGUUAUCGUCAAGACGUACCUCAAUGAGAACGGCUACGCUGUGUCCGGGAAGUGUAAGCGGUCCUGUAACACCCUCAUCCCAUUCUUAGUUUUUCUGUUCAUAGUGACCUUCAUCACAGCGUGCGCCCAACCGUCAGCCAUCAUAGUAACACUCAGGUCUGUAAAAGAUGAAGAGAGGCCUUUUGCCCUGGGAAUGCAGUUUGUUUUAUUGAGAACACUUGCAUACAUUCCGACUCCAAUUUACUUUGGAGCAGUUAUUGACACCACCUGCAUGCUCUGGCAACAGGAGUGUGGAGUGCAAGGCUCUUGCUGGGAGUACAAUGUCACGUCAUUUCGUUUCGUCUAUUUUGGUUUAGCAGCCGGCCUCAAAUUUGUCGGCUUUAUAUUUAUUUUUCUGGCCUGGUACUCCAUUAAAUACAAGGAGGAGGAACUGCAGAGGCAGAGGUGGAGAGAGUUCCCUCUGAGCACUGUGAGCGAGACCGUGGGCCGCCCUGACAGCGCCAAUAAGGCUGCCCGGACUAGAUCUUGUCCCGCUUUCAGCACCCAGGGAGAAUUCCACGAAGAGACUGCUCUGCAAAAAGGGAUCCAGUACACAGCACAGACCUAUCCGGGGCCAUUCCCAGAAGCAAUAAGUUCCUCCCCAGACCUGGGGCUGGAAGAAAGCCCUGCGGCCAUGUAGCCUCCCUCCUAAAGCUUGAAAAUGGAAGACUUUGGUUUUGUUGGUU